AUGCAGACGAAUACUAAAAACAAGAUAAAUGAGCUACAGUUAAUCAUAAGUAAGAUGCCGCUAGAAGUUUGCUGUGUGACGGUUCUACCGGAGUUUGGGGUGAGAUGGAGAGAGAUGUCUCGUGCAGUGCGUAAUGCGAGACUACCAAUGGCUCCGGCGAGUGUCGCCAGGAUUCUGUGCAGACACAUCGGCAAGUCUCUACCGAGUGAGGAAAUAGCGGAGAUCGUCUCGAGGUUGAGGUUGAAAUUGGUAGCGACACAACGCAGGACUUGGCAUGUCGUAAAGCUCUCAGAACAGAUAUGUGAUGAACCAGUGAAUGUUCUGACGAGUCGUAUACCGAAUAGGGUUGUGCAGGCUCUACGGGAAGCCAGGAAUCAGAGGUUUAUGACGCCAGAGGUACAAACAGUGAAGCUAGGUGAUUUAAUCUACAUAAGCAUACAGAUGGUAUCUGAUAUAAGGCAAGGCAGUGUUUUGUAUGUAGCGACUCCUCCGGGUGAACCUGUAGCACUGGUCAGUUCUCUACAUUCCAGUUUGCUCCGAGCUUGUGUGCAAGGAUUAGGCUAUAAAAAGUACGAAGAUGCAAGUCUUAACGGUCGGGAUAUAAACUCCCUACUCCGGAUACAUAAUACAAAUCACAACGAACAUCCAGACUUCCUUGCCAAUCUUCCUGAAUACAAUAUAAUGCCAGUCGCUGUGAGGAACGGUAUUGACUACACUGGCAGGAAAAUGGAUCAAGAGUAUGCCAGCCAAAUUUUGGGUCCAGACCCACCACAACUUGCUAAAUUGACGGUGACAGCGGAGAAGGAGUUCUUUGCUCCGGAAAAAUUCAAUAUGAAAAUGAAAUUGACGAUUCAGUUAAAGAGCGAAGAUAUAGCGAAAACGUUACAGUGUUGGGCGGCUAAAGGCGCCAUUUUGCCAACUUCUGACUUAUUCCAAAUAUUCCAUAAAAUUAAAUCAAAUAAAAUACAUAUCGAAGCUGAUGAUGAUUGACUUAUAUGUUAUUUGUGUUAAAGUUGAUAAUAAAGGUGUUUUGUAUGAUUA